AUGGGCGCAUUCUACGAAGACAUACCUGAUAACAUCUACGAAUGGAUCCUCAAGCAGCGCAUGAUAUGGGUCGCCACCGCGCCUUUGUCGGCUAAAGGCCAUGUCAAUGUUUCGCCGAAAGGUGGAGAGUAUUUCGGGUUGGUAGACAAGUCCACAUUCUGGUAUAUGGACCUUAGUGGAAGUGGCUGUGAGACCAUCAGCCACUUGCGAGAGAAUGGCAGGAUUACUAUCAUGCUCAACGCCUUCGACGGUGCACCACGGAUCGUGCGCCUCUGGGGUCAUGGCAGAGUUCUAGAGCGCCAUUCGGCUGCCUUCGACAAGUUCGUAGCAGAGCAGUCCAUCCAGACCAUUGAUGCCACCCGCUCGAUCAUCAUCGUCGAUGUACACCAGGUUGGAAGUUCCUGCGGCUUCUCUGUGCCGUUCUUCGAGUUCAAAGACUAUCGAAAGACCUUGAACCAAGUCUUCGAGAAGAAGAAGGAAAGCUUCGAGAGUGGGAAGUCGAUGGAGUCGCCAGACAGAUACUGGGCGUAUAAGAAUGCAUGGAGUAUCGAUGGACUUCCGGCAGUGCAGAGAGGUCUCGACUGUGCCACCAAAGAGAAUGUCGAGCCGAUUGUCAAGUUCGUUGGUCCAUGGGCGCCUGCUGCUCCUUAUGGACCUAAGUCAUUCAAGCUUAGCGCUCAGCUUCGACACCAGUUGGUGAUGUUGAAGACAACACGAGUGCAGCUGACAAGCGUGCUGAUGAUGGUAUUGUUGGCCUUCGUUGUAGGUAUGGCUGUCGCCAUUUAUGGUCCGAUGUUUGUGGAGACCCAGCGACGGAGGUUCAGUACGCUAUUGUUGUGA